AUGCGCUUAAACACCUUAUUCGGCCGCAACGACCAACCUCGUAAAAGAGUAGGCUUGCGACGUCUACUUCCCAUCUUCAUACUUGGGAUAGGAGCCUUAGCUUUGUUCUACAACUAUGCGCUUCCGCAUCUCUUCAGGCUCCGCUUUCACUUAGGAUUAAGUCGAUAUGAUCUUGGAUUCUAUGGCUUUGCCCCUUCUCAACGUUACCACUCCUUUCAUGAACAGUCGCCAAUUGUACAAAUUUCACCAGCCGGCGCAAAAUGCGACCAACGAUAUACCUUCCUCGCCCCACGAGGCGAUUCUGUCGAACACCCUGGACCAAUGAUCAUCGAUGCAAAGGGUGAAUUGGUCUGGAUGAAAUAUAAUCGGGGUACAACACAGGACUUCAAAGUCCAACAUUAUAAAGGCCAAGACUACUUAUCAUACUGGCAAGGGGAUGAAGAGGAUGGGCAUGGACGUGGAUCAUGGUACAUGCUUGAUUCAACUUACACACCUCAAUACAUUAUUACUCCCGCGGGUGAGUUGGAAGGCGAUCUACACGAUAUCCAAAUCACCGUUAACGACACCGCAAUCCUUUCGAUAUAUGAACCUAUUCCCGCCGAUUUGACAUCCGUUGGUGGACCCGAGCAAGGAUGGAUUUACGAAGGCAUCGUUCAGGAAAUCGAUAUUGAAAGUGGAGAGUUACUGUUCGAAUGGCGGUCUUCUCAUACAUACCACCCGGAAGAUAGUUAUCAAGAGUUGGCAGGGAAAGGUCACGAACGAACCCUGGGCUUUGACUAUUUCCACAUGAACAGCGUAGACAAGGACGACCAAGGACGCUAUCUCGUCUCUGGACGCCACACGCAUACGAUCACCUGCAUCGACUCCAGUGGUGAUGUCCUCUGGACACUAGGCGGGAAACAAAAUAAAUUCACCGAUCUUUCAGAAGGAACUGCUACCGGAUUCAAGUGGCAGCAUGACGCUCGCUGGCACGGAGAAAACCAAAUAACCAUUUUUGAUAAUGUGGUCAACGACGCCGCCUACAAUACUGAGGCAAGCCAUGGUCUUUCGCUAGAAUUGGACAUUCCAGCUCGCGAAGCCAAGGUGUCACAGCGAUAUGACCAUCCACUUGGUAUAAUGGCCGUGUCGCAGGGCAACCUUCAAGUCCUUGAUACUGGCAAUGUCCUUGUUGGCUGGGGUCACAGCUCCGCAUUUACAGAGUUCUCUCAUGACGGCGAAAUGAUCUGUGAUACGCACUUUGGAGCCUCGGCAUGGUUCAACUUUGGCCGAAUCGUAUCUUAUCGUGUUAUGAAGGGCAGCUGGGUUGGAAGCCCAGAUACUCUCCCCGAUGUUGCGAUGGUUGGUGAUGGUAUAUUCGUCAGCUGGAACGGUGCGACCGAGGUCGUUUCGUGGGUACUUGAAGUUUGGGACGGUGAUAACCUUGAAAAGAUGACAUUCGUUGCUGUUGAUAAGGUUGAACGUUCUGGGUUUGAGACCAGAAUUCCUUUCCCAGCUGAUGAUGCUAUCUCUUACUACCGGGUUGCUGCAAUCGAUGCAAAGGGUGAAGUCCUCGGCAGGACCGAGGUCUAUUCACCUCGAGGGGCCCCUCCGGAAGAUACGUCCUUCGGUCCCCCAUUGGGUGUUACAGCAAUUAUGAUAUUCUUGCUCGUUUGUCUUCUUUGUGGUUUAUAUUAUGCUGUCACUCGCCAGAGAUCUCAUAUUGGCGCAUUAUAUCAGCUGGUCAGAUCAAAAGAGGAUGAUAGCGAUAGCGAUAGCGAACGAGGCGAUUCUUCAGUAUAG